ACUCUACUACUGCAUGGAAAUAUCAUAACUUCAUUGCGUUCAGCACCUUCUUGUUUACCUCAAGGCCUGACUAUUUUUUCAUUGGCAGAAAAUGAAAUUAGAGAUUUGAAUGAGAUUUCUUUCUUGACCUGUUUUCCUAAACUAGAGCAACUCUCAAUUAUGAACAAUCCUUGUGUGAUGGCAACCCCUAACAUUCCGGGUUUUGAUUACCGACCAUUUAUUGUCAGUUGGUGUCUCAGUCUUAAAGUAAUUGAUGGGUAUGUGGUUUCUCAGAAAGAAAGCUUGAAAGCAGAAUGGCUUUAUAGUCAAGGAAAGGGAAGAUCAUUCCGACCAGGCCAGCACCUUCAGUUAGUACAAUAUUUGGCCAGUGUUUGUCCUCUUACUACUAUGUUUGGACUCCAAACAGCAGAGGAUGCCAAACUGGAAAAAAUACUACAUAAGCAAAGGUUGCAUCAAAGACAAUUGCUGUAUCAGAGCCAUGCUAAUGAGUCACCUGUAUCCUCAACUCUGAAUAAAGAGCUACCCAUUACUAAUGAGCCAAACAGUCCUGCCCAUGUACAACAAGAAAUGGCUGAAAGUGGUAAGAAUGCAUAUCCAGUGUUUUAUCACUCGGCCAGUGGUGACCCACUUGCUCCAUAG